AUGGAGAACAUCGAGUUGAACGCCAAAGAGAGGGCCCUGAUGCAAAUCUCGGCCAGCAUACGCAAGUGGGUGAACGAGACCCUAGUGACUGACAUCCAGUGCAUCGAGGAGCUGUGCUCCGGCGCGAUCUACUGCCAGCUUUUGGACCUGACUGUCGGGAACAUCGUCCCACUGAGGGAUGUGAUUUUCGCAACGAACGCCAUAACCGACUUCAGGAAGAACUUCGCGGUGCUGCAGGAGUGUCUCCAUGCUCUGCAGAUACCCAUAGAGAUUCCGGUCGAGGACCUCGUUUGGUGCGACUUUGAGGCCAACCUGAAGUUUGCCGCCACCUUCUACAAGUACUUCAGGCUCCUGACCGCCAACAAUCCGGAUCGCACGCAAAUUUACGAUCCGCUGGCCGCCCGGAACUACCAGAGAUUCUCGCUGGCACCACCGACCUUCGUUUCGCGCGGCACCGAUGCCCCCAAUCUCGUCGAGCUGGCAUUCGCUGGCAUGACCAACAUCGUGGACUAUGAUGACAUCAAGCACGUGUUGGAUCUCAAAGACUUAAUUUACAGCAAGCGCGUUGAGGACACCAAGGAAAGCAAGGAGGACAAGGACGACAAGGAGGACAAGGAGGACAAGGAGGACAAGGAGGACAAGGAGGACAAGGACGACAAGGACGACAUGGACGAUAUGGACGAUAUGGACGACAUGGACGACAUGGACGACAUGGACAUGGACAUGGAGGAUAUCAAUGACGGAGAGGGUCUGGAAUUCGAAGACUCCGAGGACGAGGAGCGCGUCGAGGACGUGGAGGACAUUGAACGCCUUGAAGGCGCCUAUGACAUGGACAUGGAGGAUAUCAAGGUCGUGGGCGAUCUGGAGAAUGGCAAUGCUGGAAACAAGAUGGGGGACUCCACACAGGCUGAAACGAAGGACCACGGACGCCGUCUGAAUUCUGAAAGCUAUGUCAUAGUCGAGGAGGAAAAACAUUAG